GGGGCAUUUGUCAGCGGAGGCAGCAGACUCCGAUCAAAACUCUGCGGUCUAUAGUACUAGCAAUGGUGCCGCACAUUCAUGCUUCCUCUUCUAUAUGGUUUUCUGUGUGAGUAAAGUGAAUCGAAAUAGCAAUAACAGCAUAUCCGUCGCGUCGUCUACGCGUCUAAUUGAGAAUCCAAGUGUAGGCAUCUCCAAUGCAUGCUAUGCUGCGCAGAAAAAGUAAGAGGGAGUGCUCUCGUUUUAUUUGAUCGGAAACCCUUUUAUCCGACGGAUAUUCACCAGCAACCGGUAUCCUGUUUCUCAGGCACAGUCAUCGUGUUGACGUGUAGAAACAUGUUCCGGCGCCUUUUACCUCCUUUCCCACUCCCUUCUCUUCCCGCAACUCCUCUCCACCUUCAUUCGCUCUUCUCUUCCUCAUUCCCCUACUUUUCGCAAAAAAAAAAAGAAUGUCGCUACCUACUCAGGAACAGGAGCAUAAGCAGGAAUCGCCCAGGGCCAGCACACAACACGCCUCGCGCUCAAGCCGCCUCGGAUUCGGGACAGGACUCGGCGCGCGACUGAGUCUCGCCAUCGCCCUGGGCUUGGCCAUGGCAUCUCUUGCGGUUGCAUCCUCGGGUGAUCGUCAACCACAGUACAUCGAAUGUGUCAAAGAUUGUGACAAAGACAUUUGCCAAUCCGCAGACGUGACAUCAUUCACACCAGAGCAACUGCUGGAACACCAACUCGAUCUGCCACUCCGCCUCACGCAUUGGACCUGUCUCGACAACUGCCGAUACCGCUGCAUGCAGUCCAUCACCGAAGGGGCUCUCCUGGAGAACCUGCCCGUGCACCAAUAUCACGGCAAAUGGCCCUUUUACAGACUCUGGGGCAUGCAAGAACCCGCCUCGGUCUUGUUCAGUAUCCUGAACGGGUACAUGCACGUCCUCGCGUGGCCCAAGCUCAAGCGCGCCAUCCCUCAGGAUUAUUACAUGCGACCUUUCUAUCUCGGCUACGCGAUCAUCGGCAUGAACACCUGGCUUUGGUCUGCAGUCUAUCACGCGCGCGAUUGGCCUAGCACUGAGAAACUCGACUACUUUUCCGCAGGAACGGCCAUCACGUACGGGCUCUUUUACACCGUCAUCCGGAUAACACGCAUGGUCCAAAUCCGUUCGCAAUUGAUGUGGGCUAUGGUCUGCUUGAUUCCACUGCUGCUUCAUAUCAGCUAUCUGGGGUUUGUGCAUUUCGAUUAUGGAUACAACAUGGCGGCGAUGGCAACCGUGGGCGCGAUUCAUAACUUGUUUUGGAUCGGCUGGAGUAUCGCCAAUUGGCGCGAGCGCCCAUAUGCAUGGGAACCAAGUGUUUCAGGAGUAUUGAUCACGGCAGCGAUGUGUCUCGAGAUCCUGGACUUUGCGCCGUUGUGGGGUAUCCUGGACGCACAUUCGUUGUGGCAUGCAGCGACGAUUCCAUUGGUGCCAAUCUGGUACCGAUUCUUGCUUAAGGAUACAGAGUGGGAAGUUAGGAACAAGAAGGGCGUCCAGCGACCAUCGUCACAUCGGGACUAGCAUCUAGUAUCCAUCAAUGCAUACGACCCAAUAAAAGUCAGCUUCAUUUCA